AAGAAAAUAUUUUUUCGAUAACAUAAUCAAAUUAAAUCAAGUGUAAUGUAAUCUUCAAAUUGGCAAACGUAUAAAUUCAAGUACGAUGUCUUCAUUGAUCGUAGCACACGAUCAACGCAUCAUGAUGUUAGAAUUUGCAGUGGAGAAUUUGCAUGUACCGCGGAAUUCCAUCUUUGACAAGGCUAUUUUAAAAAAGGUAACGGUAAUGUUUCGUUUCUUGGAUGAGGAUUGGACAGAACUUUUACCAAAUCGACGCGAUUAUCGUUCUUAUCGUGGUUCCAAUUAUGAAAACGAACAAUUUUAUGGUGGACGUUCGGUAGUCUUCGCUUUGCCUGAAUCAUCUUUAGAAAAACCCAUGAAUGCGAUCGAUGUUCAAGUUUACGUAUUUAAAGAGAUUUGUGAUUAUUUCGAGCUCGACUCCUGCGAGAACGUUGGAUUCACAUUAUUAAGGGUUGAUCAUUUGAUAAAUGCAAUUAUUAAGGAAUUACAGGAACGUAAAGAACUUGGUCCAUAUUUAUGCAAUUUUCAUGAAAACGACCCUAUUUCGAGAUCAUUGAUAGGAACCUACACGUUGAUGAAUGAUGAUUUAAAGGAAACUAAUGCUACGAUCAAAAUAUAUAUACGUAUCACUUAUCUUGGUAAUUGCAUUAUUACCGAAUUUGAGAAUAGUAGAGGUAUCAAAACUGCGUUUCAUUGUCGUAAGGAUAAUGUCGAAGGAUAUCCAUAUCAAUUACGUGAAUUAACAUCAGAGAACCUUCAGACUGGUUGUUGGGGUAGUCAAUCCUAUCUACCACCGGCAAUUUUAAAGAAGUUGAAGUGUUAUUGUAAACAAGAUAAGAUCAAGAAACAAAUAUUAGCCCAGUUAACAGAAGCUUCUAAAAUUGCUCGCGAAACCGAAGCAGCUAAAAUUGCUUAUGAAACCGAAGCAGCUAAAAUUGCUAGCGAAUCCGAAGCUGCGAAAAUUUCUCGCGAAGCCGAAGCUUCGCCGCGAAGUAUUGCCAAAUUUAAAGGUCUUGAGAAAGAAAAAUCUAAGAAGAAGAAAAAAAAGAAGAAGAAGAUAGGUGCUGAUGCUCAUAUUCUUGCUAAUAUUGAUAAUCUUUAUAACGAAAAAAUUCGUUUUGCAAUGCAAACAAUGAAAAAACAGAAAGCUCAUGGAUUAGGUGGUGCAAGAGUAGCCUUUUCUAGAAGAUAUGAAAAAAAGAUUUGUUCUCCAUUACUUGCCAUAUCUCCUAUUCAAAUUUGUUCUUCCUUUGUCGGACCUUGCUUUCCCUGUCCGAAUUUCUUACCUUGUGUUGGUUCACAACCUCUACCAUUUGCUACAUAUUGCUUAUAA